AAUAGGCCAACAGCCCAAUACUCAAGAGCCCAAUCUUUCUACGGUGUUGGAACUGUCGUAUUACUCAAGUCUAAAGAGCGAGGGGCUGAUGUCGUCUCGCGUCCGUUGGGACACUAAAGAGUUAAGUGGAGGCAAAGAUGGAAGUGAGUUUGGAGGGAUCGAGAGUGAUACUGGUACCGUACAUGGAGGCUCACGUUCCAAAGUACCACCAGUGGAUGCAGGACCCUGAUCUCCUCCGAGCGACAGGGUCGGAGCCUCUCUCCAUCGAUGAGGAGUACCAGAUGCAACUCUCCUGGAACCAGGAUCCUCUCAAGCGUACUUUCAUUGUUUUGGACGGAGAAUUGGUCGAGGGAGAAUUCGUUCUUGGAGAUCCUCAUGUAGAAGCCAUGGUAGGUGAUGUAAAUGUAUUCAUGAAUGACUUGGAUGAUCCUCAAAUGGCCGAGAUUGAAAUAAUGAUAGCUGAACCAAAAAGCCGUGGCAAAGGACUUGGUAAGGAGUCUGUCUUGAUGAUGAUGGCCUAUGUCGUCGAGAAGUUGAGGAUUAAUGUCUUCCGUGCAAAAAUUGCUGAAUCAAAUGGAGCUUCUCUGAUUAUGUUUCGAAAAUUGGGAUUUGAAGAGUCCUCCUACAGUGAAGCAUUCAAAGAGAUUACGCUGGAAUUACCAAUAACUAGACAGAAGCGUGAGGAACUGCUACAUUUGUCUGGUAAAGUACUUGCACAUUCUUAGCCCUCAAUAAUCUGUCUGCCCAUUUUUGUUGGAUAUUAUUCAAGGCAGUUCUUCCAUCUGAUCUGAUCAGUUGCUUAUGCACCAUGAUCCAUUAAUGUUAUUGUACUGUACAAUUAGAUAUCUAAUCAGUUAACUGCAUCUUUCGUUGUUACGUUGAGUUUGUAGAUUGUAAGAAAAUCUCUGGCAUGUC